AUGCAGCUGGAGCUCUAUCAGCAGAUGGUGGGGCGCCUCAAAGACAGGAUGGAGCAGGCUGAUCUGGAGAAGGCGGAGAUGGAGUCGGACAAGCACCACCUGGAAAGCCAGCUGGCGCAUUUCCUGGGCACCUCCCCCCACGACGCGCCCCCGAGCAGCGUCGAGGGCAGCGCCCCCUCGGGGACCCGCCGCUGGGGCAGCGGCCUGCUCAGCCGCUGGCGCGGCCCGGGCGGCGCGGGGCUCGUCAGCGGCGCCGGCGGCGCCGGCGCGCAGCAGCACGCGGGCGGGGACGGGGGGGAUGGGGACGAGCGGGGCGGCGGCGCGGCGAGCGGCGCCGACACGCCGUCGAAUGCUGGGUCGCCGCGGAUCCUCGAGGGCUUGGACGUGCCACUGGGCGGCCUCCCGCCGCCCUCGCCGCCCGGCGGCGGCGGCGGCAGCUUCAAGCUGAGCGCCUCGGCCGACGCGUCAGGCGCGCCGGUGCUGCCGGCGCCGCCGAGCGCGUACGGGCGGCUGUUUGGCCGCGUGAACCGAGCGCUCACCGGCGGCGCGGCAGUCGGGGAGGCGCUCGCGAAGGAAGCUGCGGAGGAGCUGGCGCGGGAGCUGGGGCAGGCGAAGCGCCAGCUGGCGGCGUUGGACGGGGAGAACCAGCAUCUGGUGAUGGCGCUGGUUCAGAUCAAGAUGGAGCUGGCAGAUCUGCAGGGCAUCAACCUUCAAUACAAGCGCGCUUUGGUGCGGGCCAUGGACAAGGAGUCGUGCAUGGAGAUCCGGGUGCAGGAGCUCCAGAACAUGCUGGACAUGGUCACAUCUGUCCCCUCAGCCGCCGCCGCCCUGGCGGGCGUCCAGCUGGCGCUGCGCCCGGGCAGCGUGGCCGACACAGACACCGCCAGCGGCGCGGGCAGCGAGGCCGGGGAGCCCAGCCGGCCGGGCAGCAGCGUCGACCCCACGGAAGGCGAGGCCAGCGGCGGCGAGGGCGGCGGCCGCGAGGCGGGGGCCACUGGUGACGGGGACGGCAGGGGCGAGGCGGGCGGCGGCGCGGCGGCACGCGGGAAGGCGCGGGGGCGGUCGCGGCUCGCGGCGGUGGCGGGCGGCGCCAGUGAGACAGCUGAAGGCACCGAGGAUACGGAAGAUGCGUUUGAGGAAGUUGCUGACGAGGACGACAGGGAGGGCGAGGGCGCCGCGGCCCAUGCGGCGGCUGCCGAGCCGGAUGCAGCUGCAGCCGCGGAGGGGCCGGCCCCUGAGGAGCCUGAGUUAGUGGCGGCGGCUGCGGCCGAGGCACCAACGGCAGGGGCGGGGGCAGGGGCAGCGGAGGGCGACGCAGCCGAGGGGGCUGCAGCCGAGGGGGCAGCGGCCGAGAGUGCCGCAGCCGAGGAGGCGGCGACCGAGGGGGCGGCGGCCGAGGGGGCGGCGACCGAGGGGGCGGCGACCGAGGGACCGGCGACCGAGGGGACUCGCAAGGAGCAUGCUCCUGAGGGCGCUCCAGAGGCAUCGCCUACAGUCGACGGGCAGCCAGCAGUGGGGACGGCAGCAGGGGGGCCAGCAGCAGAGGGUGCGGCAGCCGAGGGCGCGGCAGCCGGGGGAGUGGGUGCGGCGAGGCAGGCAGUGCACGCUGAACACUUGGGGUCGGCUGCAGAGCCACCAGCAGUGGCAGCACAGCAGCAGCAGCAGCAGCAGCAGCCGGCCACCUGA